ACAAAGCGCAAUAUUUGUACGUUACCAGCAUGCCUGAACUCUCUCUCCCUCUUUGGCUGCUUUGCCUUCUCGCCUUCUCUUCAGCUUGUUACAUCCAAAACUGCCCCAGAGGAGGCAGGAGAUCAGCGAUGGAGGUGACCAUGAGGCAGUGUUUGCCGUGUGGCCCGGACAACAGGGGCCGCUGCUUCGGGCCCCGCAUUUGCUGCGGUCGGGACAUUGGCUGCUACGUGGGGACGGCGGAGACGCUGGGAUGUCGGGGGGAGGAUUACCUGCCAUCCCCGUGUGAACCCGCGGGAAGGCCCUGCGGCUCAGAGCGCGGCAAGUGUGCCUCACCGGGAAUCUGCUGUGAUGAUGAGAGCUGCACAGUGGACUCUGUGUGCUCGGAGAAUGAGAACGAAGGGAUACACUUUAACGUGGGAAGAAACUUGACCCAUACAGACAGUGCUGCCACCAACCUCCUCAUAAGAUUAAUGCUCUUGUCCAAAGGCAACCCCAAAGAAGUACCAGGCGGUAUCAAAUAAUACACUGCAGGCACGAUCUUUAAUGCUGUCUUUGAAAAUAAAACGUACAAUAGGAAAAGAGCAUGUUUUGGAGAGGGUGUUUUAUAUGGUUUCUGUAUUAAUCAGCGAGACGUAAAGCAAUGCAUGCUAUUCCAUAACCCACAACAACAUCAACAACUUGCACUUAUAAUUUUGUAUCAGUAACUUACUAUAAGUCUCAGAGAGUGUUAUAACAAAGUUCUUCUUUGAUGACAUAUCCUGGGGUGUUAAACUGAAUAUUUAUAGAAUUAAGGAAUCUUACAGCACAGAAGGAAGCCAUUCGGUCCACUGUGCCUGUG